AUGACUGUGGAUAAAAUGUAUAAUCAAAUAGAUACAAAAAGGAACAUACUUAAAACGAUAUUAGUAUCACUCACAGUAAUACUUAUCCUAUGGAAUUUAAUGUAUUCUUUAUCAUAUAAUGAAAAUAAUAUCGAAAAAAUUAAAGAAGCAUCAUCAACAAUAUUACAAGAUUGUAAUCAUGAAUGUAAAUUCAUAUUUCCAUAUGUCAUACCAGAACAAGAAACUAGAGCCAAUUUACACAUAAGAUCAUAUAUUCAAUUGGCUGAAUCUUUAGAUCGUAUUCUAGUGAUACCAAAUGUUGGCUCAUCAAGAUUCGCAGCAUCUUCGUCGCUUUCCCCAACUUUCUAUUACGAUUUUAAUUUAUUGCAAAAAAUGUUUCCAAAUGCAAAAUUUGUCCCUCAAGAAGUAUACAAAUUAUGGAUUGAAAAUCAACCAAAUUAUAAAAUUAUUACUGCUGAACACAUUUUAUUAGAAACCAUCAGAAGCGUCGAUGACUUUGACCUCAACGAAGGUGAAUAUGAAGGACUACAACAACAGCAAAAUAUACAAAAUGGACUGUAUGAAAGUUUUAUGAUUCCAAAAAAUUCUUCUGGUCUUUAUUAUAAAAAUCAGACGAAUUUUAUUGAUAAUAAUAAGAAUAUUUUAUACAAAUCCAAAAUAAACAUAGUAAAACUUAAAGAAGUUCGUAUUUUAAAGAUAAAUGAACGUAAAAAAUUUUCUGAAUUCAUGAUCGAAAAUUUGAAGUCUGAUUCACAAAUACUUUUAAUUAACGUUAAUCUGAGACAACCAAUGUUUCAAAACAUGUACAAACCAAUUCCUUACGCAAAGCAUAUAAGGAACGAAGCCUUGAAAAUUGUUAAUCAGCUUGAAUCGUCAUAUAUUGCAAUACAUUGGAGAAUGGAAAAAGCAUUGCCAGAAAAUAUGCCAAAUUGUGCCAGAAAUUUGGUUAAAGAAAUACAAAGAAUAAGAAGAGACACCGGAAUAAAAAAUGUUUAUUUGGCAACUGAUUUUCCCAUAUCUUGCAACAAGAAUGGUAGUAUAAUUAUAAAUUCUGGUGAAAAAGCACAAUCUGGUACUUUUCACAAAAUUACAUUACAUCACAUCAAAGCAAUGAAGAUACUAAUUUCUGCAAUAAAAGGCAUCAAAACUUGGAAAUCUUUAAAUGGUUUUGGAUAUUUAAAAUACAUUGGAAAAGAAAAAGAGGACAAAGGAAAUAUCUUAGUUAAAGAAUUAAAAGGUUCAGGUGUACAAGGAAUAUUAGAUAAAUUAGUUUGUAUAAAUUCAAGUUAUUUCUUGAGUGGACCAAAAGGUUGUUGUAGAAUAAAAUCUACUUAUACAAGACAAAUUGCAGAGUCAAGAAAACAAUUGUUGCGUGAAGGAAAUAAAAAUAUAUUAAAUAAUAUCACAAGAUGGAAAAAACAAUAA